AUUCCGAUCCAAAUUAUCCUAUCCCAAAUUCGACUCUCUCUCUCUCUCUCUCUCAUCCGAAUCAAACUGAAAAACCCACCUCAUAGCUAGAACUCACAAAAAUCUUAUUGAUAUGGAAGGAGAGACCGUGUCUAUGAGUUUUCCGGCGACCUGUAGCGGCGAGUGGCCGGCGUAUCGCCGGAGCUCAAGCUUCAGCGGCCUCUUCCGGUGCCUGACAGAGACGUGGGGAGACUUACCGUUGAAGGUUGACGACUCUGAAGAUAUGGUCAUAUACGGGCUUUUGCGAGACGCCGUUACCGUUGGCUGGACGCCGUUUAAUUUAACGCCGACGGACGUUAAGCCCGAGCCGACAGAUGAGCUGGAGCCGGCUACGACUUCUGCCGCCGCUGCUGUGCCUCAAAUGAUGGUGCCGCCGGUGAAGGAGGAGCCGGCGGUGGCGCCGCCGAAGGGGAGGCACUACAGGGGAGUGAGACAGCGGCCGUGGGGGAAGUUCGCGGCGGAGAUAAGGGACCCUGCGAAGAACGGCGCGAGGGUCUGGCUGGGGACGUAUGAGACGGCCGAGGAAGCGGCGCUGGCUUACGACAGGGCGGCGUACAGGAUGCGUGGCUCGAGGGCAUUGCUUAAUUUUCCUCACCGGAUCGGCUUGGACGAGCCGGAGCCGGUGAGGAUAACGGCGAAGAGGAGAUCGCCGGAGCCAACUGUAUCGGGGUCGUCGUCGGCUUCGGAUAGUGGCUCGCCGAAGAGGAGGAAGAAAGCGUUGGCGGCUGGGCAAGCCGAGUUCGUAAUGGAGAGUCGGUCCAAUGAGUUUCAGAAAGGACAGUUGCCAGUUGGCGAGCAGCUAUUGGUGACUUUUUAGAUUUGAGCUGUCUGGGGAGGGCAGAGAUCUAUAGGCCCUGUUUAGUUUGUCAAUAUAUCUCUUAAGCUUCAACUGGACGCAAAAUUGAAAAAGAAAGAUGAUUGAACUGAUUUUAUUGUA